AUGAGGUCAACUCUAUCGGGUGCCUCAGGUUCAGAGUCGCCCUCUUCAGUCCCGGCAACGGCGGGAUCCAGGACACCUGGUAGCUACGAUGCCCGAACCGGAUUCCGAGGGAGCGCCGUCGCAGCUGCCGAGGCAGAAGCAAUGGCUACCAUCGAGUUCUUCAGGGAAAGGCUCCAGAGGCGCAUUGUUGUUCCGAAGAUUAUAGUUUUCGUCAUUUUGCCCACGGGGAUGGAAGAUCCACAGUCUGCUGUUGGGUUUUUGAAGAAAUUGAAUCCAGCAGACAUCGCAGCAAUCUUCAUAACGUGCGGAGUGGAUGACUUGAAGGCAAAGCUGGAGAAGCUAGAACAGGUUUCCUUCGACUGCAGUGUGGAGUAUUACGAAAGUGAAGCUCGGCGAUACAGAAAGCAGACGCAAGUGACGUUCAAAGGGGACCGUUCCCAAACCAGCGCAUUCCAUGUGUAUCAGACCAGGUGUCUAAUAAAGGCUGGAUACAUGCUGGAGUUCGCACAGCAGCCACAUGCCGCUAUGAAGAGUUACAUCACUGCUUGGCAGUUCCUUACCAGCUAUUCGCAAAUGGCGCCUGCACUGGAGCGGAUGACGGUGUGCAAUUUGAUAAGCGUGCGGAUGUACCCAAUGUACUUCAAAGCAAAAGAACCAUCUAAGGCAGCCCAUCACGCCCGUGAGCACCGCGCAGUUCUGCGAGAGAACAUUCCAGAGUCGCCGCUGCAGGGCUACUUACUUCCUCUUUGGCUUGCCCAGCUGCAUCAGCUGCUUGCCCAGCUAUGCGAAGAUGCCAUGCAUACGACUCCUUCGUGCCUCGAUACCCGAGACGUGUGGCAGCUAGCCGGUUUUCACUAUCAAGCGGCUGCUAGGUACCUUCAGCAUGUCAGAACGUGGAUCAAGACUGCAAAGGAAGUCCACCCUCCACCUUCCAUGAAGGGUGGACUCGGGGUGCCAUCUGAGUGGCUUGGACGUCCGGAUACCCUCCAGCUUGUCGGAGGCUACCGUAGUUGUCCGAUUUUGGCAUGCGAGCUCGCCGACGCAAUGUUCGACGGCCACCGGAUGAUGACAGCGCGUCAGCUGUACUUCACCUUGGCCACGGCUUUUGCAUCGUACAAGUACGGCCACCAAAAGUCGUGGCAAGUUGAAGCAGUGCCAGCAGUGUGCAGCACUGCGGAGACUGUGGCACCCGAGCAGACAGUAGAUGUUGAGUGCCGCGAACACCGUAGGAAUGAGAAAGCUGUUCCCCUACCAGCAACAACAGACGGCGACUCUGGAAGCCCUGAGCUUCCAGAUGCUCACGCGACUGCGUCUGCAAGGCAACCCGAAACCUUCAGCCAACCUGUCACGGACGAGCCGCAUUUGCCUGCUGGCAGCCGCCUGCGGUUUUCUGGAGCUGGGAAUUGCACAGGGUGGUGGCCUCUGUAUCGCUACGUGUUGGCGAGACUGACUCUGUGCGUAUCUCACUUACUGUCAGUCCCGCCGCCGGAGUUUCUGCACAAGAUUGCUCGGGUUGAUUCUAGGUUCAGCUCGGUAGUUGGAGGUUCGGAUCGCUCUCUGCCUUCUGUUGGGAAUGAGCAACAGCCUCCAGUGGCAACUAGUUCAGCUGGUUCAUUUGUUGCAUCUGCGGCGGCAACUGCUGGAGGGGUUCAGGCGGACGCUGAGAACUGCCACAUAGCCCUCAAGGCCUCAUUCGAGAUUUUGAAUAUUCUUGCGCUGCGGGAAGAUAUAGAGGACCGUGAUACCUCGAAGCGGAAGCAGAUGUACCGAUAUGUAGAGUUGCUUGUGCCUUUGUUAAGGCGCUUCGAGCAGCCUUACGGCGCCAGCCAAUGGAUUUUUCACUUGGAUUUGCACGCCGUCGUCGUGUGGACAGACUUCAGCCCUGAGUUGCAUCGUGAGCAGAUGGUUUCUGGCAGUGGCUUACUUGUGACUCACCGGGUUUCCUUGCCUCAAGCAGGCUCUGAAAGUGUUCCCGUGUGGGAAGGCGUGAAGAUCGGCAGAGUCUGUUUUCAGCACCGGCUGGGGUUCGACAUAUUUGUCUUGAACAUCGCCGAGCUAGUAACAAGCACCGGGAAGAAGGCAGAGUGUCUCCUGACUGCUUCGAAAGAUUCCCCGCAAGUAUCUACCAUAGAGAAGGACGAAGCGACCUAUCCAAGGGAAUGCGCUUCCGUCACAUUGCCUCAUGGGGCGAUAUGCUACUGUGACCUGUAUCUGGCCCCCCAGGAACUGAGAGAUCUCAGCGGCUCAACAGUGCGUCGCCUGCACCUUUCUUGGGCUCUUUGUCCAUCCGUCUGCUUCCAGCUUGCUACUCUUUGCUCUUUGGAGUGGGAAGGUUGCCGGCUUCCUGGCAGACAAGUUGCUGCAUUCCGCUUUUUAGAGUCCCGGGAUGUGCCUGACGGUUGUUGGCCGUCUCCCAUAUGGCGAGCCAUUCGCUUUCACAAACUCUGCAUUCCGCCUUCUCCAGUUUGUGACGCUGAACGCCCCGGACUAGCUGAGCCAUUUUUGCCAUAUGUCUGUUUAUCAAAAGAUUCCUUCAAGCUCGAGACUAUUGAAGAUUACCCUUCAAAGUGCAUCUGCAUUGGCGAGCUUGCCCCAUACACAGUGCGGCUAACUGUUAAGCAGGACUGGAAGGAAUGCAAAUUUAGUAUUGGUCUGCAGUGUACGGCGCAAGAAUCUGGGAGCGAGAAUGACCGUACAGUUGACACAUCUGUACUUUUGGAAGAUGAAUUUGAGUCAUAUCUGAUGGAAUUGAGCGAAGCAAAAGAGCAUGGUGAUGAUGAAGGUGGAUCUGCAAGUACAGGGGAGCAAACGCAGACAAACGGCAGCAUGGGCUUGCCCACCUACCCGAAGCUCACGUUGCGCAGCGUGGCACGUUUGCAAGGAAGUGUUGUGAAGUGCUAA